GUUGAAACAGAAGGAAAGAAAAUUAAGGAAACAGCAAAGAAAAGAAGGAGACGUCACGUUACCUCGAGUAACACGGAUGGGCUCCAAUAAAAAAACAAAAAUAAUAAAAAAUACAAGAAUUAUAAUCAAAAAGAAAGGCGAGAAAUUUUCGUCUAAUUGUCGUGCACGAGAAUUAGGAGCUUAUGUUUAGGUGUCCUGUGUCGAUGGAUCGUUCGAACAUUGCGCCAGCACGCGCUGCUCCUUGGCCUGUCACGUGGUAGCCACCCACGUUUUGCCGUGUUGAACUCGUGUGUGCGCGCUUUGUGGGUAAACAAGAAGGAGAAGGAGGAAGAGGCGCUCACUGGGAAAGUCUUUCGAGCGAUAGACGGAUUGAGGAAGGCAAAAGAGGUGGAGGAAGAGGCGCCUAGCCGCCCGUUCACGGCUAUUGUCGACAGCAUUUAUCGAGACAGCGAUCGAAGGUGUGCGAAUUUGUUUUCCAACUCGCACGUAUAUAUGAAUUGAGAUGUCAACAUACACAAGGACACAAGAGAGUGAUGCUUGGGCAUUGCUAGCCCUUAAGUCUACACCAGCUAGUCCAUCUAAGAUGCAGUGGAAUCUAGAGACAAAGGGGGCACCCAUCGCUCGAUUAGAAGGCAGAGAGUUUGAAUACAUGGUACGUCAAAGACGCAUCACCAUUGGCCGCAAUAGUAGCAAAGGAGAAGUCGAUGUUAACAUGGGACACUCAAGUUUUAUAUCGAGAAGGCACCUUGAAAUAUACUAUGGUCAUCCCUACUUUUUUAUGACAUGUAAUGGGAAAAAUGGAGUUUUUGUUGAUGGUGUUUUUCAACGAAAAGGUGCAGCUGCCUUUCAACUGCCAAAGACGUGCACAUUCAGAUUUCCAAGUACAAAUAUAAGGCUCGUGUUCCAAUCGCUAGUGGAUGAGCAAGAGCAGAGUAAUGUAAGGGUGGCUUCACCACCUAAGCAAAGAGCACCACUGCCGCCUUUGCGUAUAAAUAUUCCGGAUACCGGUUACAGUAGUCCUUUCCCGUCACCGACGGGAACGAUAAGUGCCGCAAACUCGUGUCCAGCGAGUCCACGUUCUGGACAAGGUAAAAGAAACAUAUCGGCAGAUUUACAAAUGGUCGCGGUUUAUGCAGCAGCAGUUGCCAAUGACCCACAAAACACAUCGAUAGAAAGGCAUGAUGCGACACAAAGUACAAGUAGACAAAUGAGCCCAGAGCCAGGGACAGAACCUCGUUAUAGAAGCGGAGGUGGUGGAACUAGUGCAAAUGGCAAUGUUGCCGCGUCACAUUAUAGUCCUCCAAAAGAUGACUCAAAACCACCAUACUCCUAUGCUCAACUUAUCGUUCAAGCAAUAGCCUCAGCGCCUGAUAAGCAACUCACGUUAUCAGGAAUUUAUUCCUACAUAACGAAACAUUAUCCUUAUUAUAGAACGGCCGACAAAGGUUGGCAAAAUUCAAUUAGGCAUAAUCUAUCACUGAAUCGAUAUUUUAUUAAAGUACCGAGAAGUCAAGAGGAGCCUGGUAAAGGAUCAUUUUGGAGGAUAGAUCCUCAGUCAGAGGCAAAACUUAUCGAACAAGCAUUUAGACGACGAAGACAACGAGGUGUGCCUUGUUUUCGGGCCCCCUUUGGACUAUCGUCAAGAAGUGCACCAGCGUCUCCAUCCCAUGUCGGCAUCAGCGGCUUAAUAACUCCUGAAUGUCUCAGUAGAGAAGGAUCUCCUGGACCAGAGUCAUACCCAGAUAGUUCAGUACCUUCUCCAGCUGGUCAGUUAAAUAGUCAGUCAGCACCUGGUUCACCCGGUCAUCCGUAUGUGCCGCCCUCGCAUAAAUCACGCCUGAUGCAACAAAUUACAGUAGUAACCAAUGGUGUUAAUAGUGAUUCUAACAGAGAUGACAAGUAUUUGCUACCUGGAAAUGUAUGCGAAGACCAUGCUUUAUCUCCAGCUGGCCAGUAUAGUCCAGCUCCUGUUAUUGUACAAACAAGUUAUAAUUACAGUGGUAACUUUAUUGGACCUGACGUAGGCGUCGGUGUGAGCAAACGCACACACGAGGAACCAGAUAGUUCGCCGGGUUCACCAGCACCGUUGGCUAUCGUUGAGAGCCCUGAGCCACCAGAGCAGCAGCCACAACAGCAACACCAGACGAAGCGUCAGCGUGUGCAUGAGACCGACGAUCACUGAACACACUAUUGCGUAGCGCGCGCUAGCCACUUCAAAACUAUUACUUUUCUUUUGUAUGUAGGAUAACGCUGUCUUAUCGCAUUCACCUAAAUCGCCAAAUGUUCUCGUCCACACCUUCCUGUAAUUUGUGCUCGACAGACAUUCAUCGGUGCAUCAAUAUCAAUCGCUGCUUUGGGAGAUAGAGAGGAAGAUAGAAGGAUCUAUAUGAGUUUCGAGCGGCCCAGUGUCCGAAAAUAUAUAUUCGUUCGAUUCUUAGCUUUUCGUAGAACGGUCCGUUAUAAGCAUCACCAGUUGUGAUCUUUGAUGAACGUUACGGAAAGAUAAAGAGAAUUAUUGGUGAGACAUGAGACGAUGUAAGAGGAACAAAACGCAAAAAAGUUUAUAUUUAUUUGAAAGGGGCGGGGAAAUGAAUUUAUAGUUAGUUCUGUCGCUUAAGAAGCGUUCUUAUUCGAUUAAUUUUUACUUGACUUUGCCUACUGCUGCAAUGAAUUUCAAAUUUUUAUAGCAGCUAGACAAGAUAUGUUCCUCGGAUUCUAGAUAUAUAGUUUGUAAUAGAUUGGCCACCAAAGGGUUUAUGCCUUUUCUUUUUCACUUUUAAAUUAUUUUACGAUAUUAAAUCAGAGAUAAAAUUAUUUAAAAGCUAUACAUACUUUCCAUUAUAAUUUCAGAAAAUAAAAAAGAAAAAAAAAGAAAAGAAAUCUAUCGAAUUUUAAGACAUUUCUUAAAUUGGUAAGUUUCUGGAUUAACUUCCCGUCAGGAAUGUUAACAGUUAAUAUUCUCAUAAUGUGCCUGCCCGAACGAAAGAGCGAGAGAAUGCGUGAGAAGUGUAGGAUUGACUCGCUAUAUUUGUACCAAAAAGAGACAUUUCAUUCAAAUAUGUAACAUUUACUUGUUGGACAAUGACUAGUUGACAUGAGAUUUUCCUGGCCAAAGAGUUGCAAACCUAUUGUAUUCGAAGCCCUAGGAAGAAAUCGA